AUGACAAAUAUGAAGAUGUGGUCCAAGAGUACAAGACCAUUCAUUGAGCCACCUGAAAUCACUCAUAUGCCACGAAGACCAAGGAAAAAAAGGACUAAAGAUAGUGAUGAGCCUAAUAAGAAGAAGUUUUGGAAAGGCUACAAAGAAGGGGAGAAAAUGAAACGUUCUCUAUGUAAAAAUUUUGGACAUAACAAGAAAGCAUGUCCAGUUGCUAAAAAUGGCUAUACUACUGGAGGUGGUUAUACUGGUGGUGCUACUGCAACUUCUAUAGGUGUAAGUGGCGGUGUAACUGGUGGUGCUAGAGGUGAUAGUAGUGGUGCUACAGGUGAAAAUGGUGGUGCAACUAAAUCAGCAGCUUCUACAGGUGUAACUGGUGGAAGUGGUGGUUCAACUACUAAUAGACCAGUCACUACUUCAACAACUUAUGGAGGUGCAACUACUGCUACAACAACUGCUAGUAGAAGUGCAAGUGUUGCUUAA